GCGGUGGCAGAUGUGUGUGUGCGCGCGCGCAGGAGCGGGGCCUCAGCCGGUUCCACCGGCGCCUCUCCCCGCCCUCCCCUCCCCCCCGGCGCGGCGCUCGGCCCCGGUUGUUCCUUCCCUCCCUUCCCCCCCCCGCCCCGGCCCCGUUCCCCCGCAGCCGGGCGGGGGAGGAGGAUGGAAACACCCUUCUACCAUGAUGAUGUGUUGAGCGGCCUCGGCAGCGGCUUCGCCCCGUCCUCCGGCAGCAGCGGGCUCCUCCUGCCCUUCCCCGGCGGCAGCAUGAUGAAGAAGGACGCGCUCGGGAUGGCGCUACAGGAGCAGGUGGCGGCGGCGCUGAAAGCCCCCGGGGCGGCCGGCAGUGAGGCGGCGGGGCUGCUUGGCUCGCCCGAGCUGGGGCUGCUCAAGCUGGGGUCCCCCGAGCUGGAGCGGCUCAUCAUCCAGUCCAACGGGCUGGUGACCACCACGCCGACCAGCGGGCAGUUCCUCUACCCCAAAGCGGCCGCCUCCGAGGAGCAGGAGUUCGCCGAGGGCUUCGUGAAAGCGCUGGAGGACUUGCACAAGCAGAGCCAGCUGGGCGGCGGCGCGGCGGGCGGCGGCGGCGGAGGCGGCGGCAGCGGGGCGGGCGAGCUGCCCGCCGCCGGCCUGGCCCCGGAGCCGCCGGUGUACGCCAACCUCAGCAGCUACCCGGCCGUCAGCUACGCCGCCGAGCCUGGCCCCUUCGCGGCGCCGCCGCCGCGGCUCCCGCCGCCGCCGCCGCCGCUGAAGGACGAGCCGCAGAUCGUGCCGGAGGUGCCGAGCUUCGGGGAGAGCCCGCCGCUCUCCCCCAUCGACAUGGACACGCAGGAGCGUAUCAAGGCGGAACGAAAGCGGCUGCGGAACCGCAUCGCCGCCUCCAAGUGCCGCAAGAGGAAGCUGGAGCGCAUCUCCCGCCUGGAGGAGAAGGUGAAGAGCCUCAAGAGCCAGAACACGGAGCUGGCCUCCACCGCCAGCCUGCUCCGCGAGCAGGUCGCCCAGCUCAAGCAGAAGGUCCUCAGCCACGUCAACAGCGGCUGCCAGCUCCUGCCGCAGCACCAGCACCAGGUGCCGGCUUACUGACGGCGGGGGGCCAGGGACCCCCGGACCGCACGAACUGAGGGGCCCGGACUGAGGGGCCCCGAGGGGAGGACGGUGACCCUCGGGGGGGGAGGGGGGCGCGAACGGACUGAGGGGGAGCCCGGGCCGCCCCCGCCGGGACUCGCAGGCCAGGCCUCCACCCCCCCGUUUCCUUUCGCCUUUCCCCGGCCCGACACAUUCCAGUCAGGCCCCAGUAAAACCCCGCGACACGGAGAA